AUAUAAGGAAUGGAUUGCAUUUCGUAUGAGAUUGUUUGCUCUAAAUAUGGGCCGACAUCAAGUGGCACUGUGUGUUACCUUGGCGCUUUUCUUGCAGGUUCUGGAGCUUCAAGCGAGCGAAUGUAAUAAAAGAACAACUUUUAUACAAAUAAGAAUACCACAGAAAACAAAUGUGGCCGUAAAGUAUCCAAAAGAAAUAGAUCCUGUACAAUUCGUACCAUUCCCUUACAAUCCUUCGGGAUCUGGAUGUAUGAAAUGUCAGGGAAUGACGUGCACAAAAUGUGUUUACACCAAAAACUCUCAGUCGACUACAAAUAUUCAUGCAAGAAAAACAAACAUCAUCAUUGAUAUUAAAGGAACUAAGAGAUUCAAUGAAAGUAUUGCUGAUGCAGACAGUUCUUAUGAUGAUACUUCGGCUGCGAAAGUAGAUGGUACAAUUGUUGGAAUAUAUGAUAAAACAUCAGCAGCUAGCCAGAGUGGUGCUACAGCGAAGUCGGGUGACAAUGGAAACUCAUCAGCUGCAGUUGCCUCCGGUACUGCACUAUCACAAAGCGAUAUACUAGCUGCUAUUGAUGAGGAAGAGAUCAAUAAACUAGAUGGCAGUAAAUCCCAUGUAGAAGAUGUAUAUGUACUGAGCGAAGACAUUUCUACAGCUAAUGCUAAUAGUACAUCAGCCAGUGAAGGUGAGGAUAAAAACGAAAAUGGUACAUCAACGCUUUCAAAAACAGAUGACACUCAAUCUACUACAACGAUUGUUGAAAAGGAUUCAGGCAAUACAGCAGUUCCUGCAGACGCGAGCGGUACAACGACAAAUGAUUCAAGUCAACCAGCAAGCCCUGGCAAUGAUAAUCCUGCACCGUUACCCGAUACAAGCGCUAAUCCUGGAACUGAUGCUUCUGCCGUUGAUAAAAAACCAGAUAAUACUGGCACAUAAAACGCAAGCACACGAGUCUUUAAAACGUCCUAAACAGUUCUAUGGAAAUGUUUCUAAAUAAGAAGAUAACCAACAUAACCACGUAGAUAUUAUAUUACAUAGCCUUGUAAUUAACGAACAAACUAAAAUAAAAUAUUAUUAUCUAAUAA